GGGCAGGGGCAGUGGAGCGGCUCGGAAAAGGACCCCUGGUGGAUCCGCCCAGUCCCGCCUCCAGUUGCUUCCCGCCCCGCACUUGGCGGCUCACCUUCCGCAAAGCCCAACUUGUCAGCACUGCGCAGAGAGGGGCAGCCCUUCCCCACCGCCACUCGGGACGGUCUCAGGUUCGGGCGUGUCUGGGUGGGGACGCAGGAGUUCCCGGGACCCUGCCAUGGGCGGGCACGCGGGGCGCUGCUUUAUAAAGCCCAUGACCGGGCCUGCGGGCCACGCGACAGGAGCGGCCCCGAGGCGUUCCCCAGAGUCAUUCACCGGCCAGCUGCUUACAGGAGCAGAGGCUGCCAUGGGCCGCUACCGCAUCCGCGUGGCCACCGGGGCCUGGCUCUUCUCCGGGUCGCACAACCGCGUGCAGCUGUGGCUGGUCGGGGCGCGCGGGGAGGCGGAGCUGGAGCUGCAGCUGCGGCCGGCGGGGGGCAAGGAGGAGGAGUUUGAUCUUGAGGUUCCCGAGGACUUGGGGACCCUGCAGUUCGUGAAGUUGCGCAAACACCACUCGCUGGUGGACGACGCGUGGUUCUGCGACCGCAUCACGGUGCAGGGGCCGGGAGCCUGCGCGGAGGCGGCGUUCCCGUGCUACCGCUGGGUGCAGGGCGGGGGCGUCCUGAGCCUGCCCGAGGGCACCGCCCGCCUGGCAGGAGACAAUGCCUUGGACGUGUUCCAGCAGCAUCGAGAGAAGGAACUGAAGGACAGAAAGCAGAUCUACCGCUGGGCCACCUGGAAGGAAGGGUUACCCCUGACCAUAGCUGCAGACUGUAAGGAUGACCUACCUCCAAAUAUGAGAUUCCUUGAGGAGAAGAGGCGGGACUUUGAGCAGGCACUGAGGGCAGGCGCUCUGGAGGUCACCCUCAAGCUUGUUUACACCUUCAUGAGAUCCUGGGACAACCCGGAGGAUUUUGAUCAGAUCUUCUGGGGCCAGAAGAGCGCCAUCGCUGAGAAGGUUCACCAGCGCUGGCAGGACGAUGAGCUUUUUGGCUACCAGUUCCUCAAUGGCGCCAACCCCAUGCUGUUGAGACGUUCCACCUCUCUGCCCUCCAGGCUGGUGCUGCCCUCAGGGACAGAGGAGCUUCAGGCCCAGCUGGAGAAAGAACUCCAGAACGGUUCCUUGUUUGAGGCUGACUUCAUCCUGCUGGAUGGAAUCCCAGCCAACGUGAUCCACGGAGAGCAGCAGUACCUGGCUGCCCCCCUCGUCAUGCUGAAGAUGGAGCCUGGUGGGAAGCUGCUACCCUUGCUCAUCCAGCUCCAGCCUCCCAGCCCCAGCUCUCCCACCCCGACACUGUUCCUGCCCUCAGAUCCCCCACUGGCUUGGCUCCUGGCAAAACUGUGGGUCCGAAGUUCAGAUUUUCAGCUGCAUGAACUCCAGUAUCACUUGCUGAACACUCAUCUGCUGGGGGAGGUCAUUGCUGUCGCCACUAUGCGGUGCCUCCCAGGGCUGCACCCUGUCUUCAAGCUCCUGAUCCCGCAUGUCCGCUACACCAUGGAGAUCAACACCCGGGCCCGGACCCGACUCAUCUCAGAUGGAGGAGUACUUGAUAAGGGACUGAGCAUAGGUGGAGGGGGCCGUGCACAGCUGCUCCGUCAGGCAAUGGCUCAGCUGACCUACCGCUCCCUCUGUCCUCCUGACGACCUGGCGGACCGGGGCCUGCUGGGCAUCCCAAGUGCUCACUAUGCCCACGAUGCUCUGCGGCUCUGGGAGAUCACUGCCCGGUACGUGGAGGGGAUCAUCCACCUCUUCUACCAAAAAGAUGACGUCGUGAGGGGGGACCCUGAGCUGCAGGCCUGGUGUCGGGACAUCACAGAGGUGGGGCUGUGCCAGGCCCAGGACCGAGGUUUCCCUGUCUCCUUCCAGUCUCGGGCUCAGCUCUGUCGUUUCCUCACCAUGUGCAUCUUCACGUGCACUGCCCAACACGCAGCCAUCAACCUGGGCCAGUUCGACUGGUAUGCCUGGAUCCCCAAUGGCCCGUGCUCAAUGCGGAUGCCUCCACCCACCACCAAGGAAGAUGUGACAAUGGCCACAGUGAUGGCGUCACUACCUGAAGUCUGGAACGCCUGUCUUGAAAUGACCAUCACAUGGCUCCUGAGCCGGCGGCAGGUGGACAUGGUACCCAUAGGGCAUCACAAAGAAGAAUAUUUCUCAGGCCCUGAACCCAAGGCUGUGCUGAGACAAUUUCAAACAGAUCUAGACAACCUGGAAAGAGAAAUCGUGGCCCGAAAUGAGCAGCUAGACCUUCCCUAUGAAUAUCUGAAGCCCAGCUGCAUAGAGAACAGUAUCACUAUCUGAGCCCGAACCUGAUGGUCCUUCAGAGACCUUAGGCCACCAUCACACUUUAUACUUUCCUCCUGAGUUAUUUGUUUUCUUGUGUUUCGAUUGCUGUGGUUCUAUUUUCCCCCUGAGUUUCUUAGCUGAGUAUCUCACGAGCCUGAGGCACUGUCCUUACCUCCAGGUGCCCUAUGAGAAGGAUCUGUAAACUGCAACUACAUUCCAUGGAGAAAUCAACUAUCUAUUCCUGUAGCUUCCUUCUGGCCUUGGAAAUUUGCCUUCUUCAUUUAUUAUAUAAUUUUGGGGACUGAUUUUUUAAUGUGGUAUGAUGUAGAGGUCCAAUUCCAUUUUUUUCCAUCUGGAUGAUCAGUUAUACCAGCAGUGCUUAUUGAAAAACCCAGCCUUCCCCACUAAUCUAUGAUGCUGACAUGAAUCAAGUUGCCAUAUACAAACGAGACUAUUUGUAACUGUGUAUUCUACUCCAUUCAUCAAUUUAUCGUUCCCUCUACCACACUGACAUAAUUACUACAGCUUUAUACCUAACACUGCCUACUGUUUGAUGAGACAUGUUCAGCCACUUUGUUCUUUAGAGGUGCUUUGACUUUUCUUGGACAUAUAAAUAUUAGAAUUAGUCAAGUUCUGGAAAUAAAAUUUGUUAUGAUUUUGAUUGGAAUAGCAUUACACUUAUAUAAAACAUUAUUCUUAAGCCUAGUUUGCAUUUUUGAGACAUAUCCAGGUGGGUCAUUUUAUGCAUUGUAAAUUCCAUUCACUGUUUUAGUUUACAUAUUUUGCAUCUGUGUUCAUGAGUAAGAACAGACAAUGGAGGGAUGGGGCAUUAUCAGGAACUUUGUCAAAAUGAUUUAUUAAAGUAAUAGAAAAAAUAAAAUAUAUGAUUUUAUUACUAAAGACUAUGGGUUCCAUAUCUGUGGAUCCAACCCAUCACAAAUGGAAAAUAUUCGGGAAUAAAAUGGAUGGUUGUGUCUGUAAUGAACAUGUACAAACUUUCUUCUUGUCAUUAUUCCCUAAACAACACAGUAUAACAAUUAUAGGCCCACCUUGUUUUGUUGCACUUUGCUUUAUUGCAUUUCCAGAUAGUGCUCUUUUUACAAAUUGAAGGUUUGUAGCAACCCUGUGUUGAGC